ACCGACUCUCACGAUUACAAUGACGACUGACUAUUUCCAGACUCGGAAACAGUCAGGCUUGAGUGAUGUCGUGGAAUCACCCAUACCACCAGCAAGCUCCCAGGCAAGGAGCAAUCCUUUGACAACGAAAGUUACGAGCGUCCUCUCGGCGUCCUAUGCCGAUUCCGAUAUCAGAGAUGCUCUGAAUCUGUUGGACAAGCGUGGCGUCCAGAACAGUUCAGAGACUCGGCGUCAACUUAGACUUGACGUUCAAAAGGAGGUUAUCGAAAGCAAUGGGGAUAUCAUUCGAGAAUUUGGUCACGUGGCCGAACAACUCAAACGCAUCGGGCUCACAAUAGCAAGCCUAAAUCAAGGCUGUGAGGAGAUGAAGCGGCAUAUUUCGGCAGCACACCAAGAGACAGCUCCAGUUCUGGAAGAAGCCUCUGAGCUCAUGAAGCAGAAGGAACAAGUCGAGGCAAAACAACAACUUCUGAAGGCAUUCAAUGCUCAUUUCAUCAUGUCAGACGACGACAUUGCACGUCUCACUUCUACGGCGGAACCGGUCAACGACAAGUUCUUUUCUCUUCUAGCUAGAGCGAAGAAGAUUCAGAACGACUGCGAGAUACUGCUCGGUACUGAAAACCAACGCCUAGGGCUUGAGAUUAUGGAACAGACCUCGAAGAAUCUUAAUGGAGCCUUCCAGAAACUAUAUAGGUGGAUUCAACGAGAAUUCAAAUCUCUCAACUUGGAAAAUCCCCAGAUCAGUUCGGCAAUCCGGAGAGCUCUCCGAGUUCUUGCAGAACGUCCUUCUCUAUUUCAGAAUUGCCUAGACUUCUUUGCUGAAGCUAGGGAACACAUUCUCUCUGAUGCCUUCUAUACUGCUCUCACGGGCACGUCGGCAACUGGCGAAGAGGAUACGUCCGUGAAACCUAUUGAGUUGGUUGCUCAUGAUCCGUUACGCUAUGUUGGAGAUAUGCUAGCGUGGACCCACUCUGCAACCGUCAGCGAGAGGGAAGCUCUCGAAGUCUUGUUUAUCUCGGACGGUGAUGAGAUUGCCAAGGGCAUUCAAGCUGGUCGCGAUAGUGAACCAUGGAAUCGUAUCUCUGACGAAAAUGAGGCCAGCGACUUUGACGGGCUGAAAGCUCUGAAUGAGUUAGUGGAUCGAGACGUCGCCGGAGUUGCUAGGGUCUUGCGCCAACGCAUUGGGCAAGUGAUCCAAAGUCAUGAAGAAACGAUCAUGGCUUACAAAAUUGCAAAUCUACUCAAUUUCUAUCGCGUUACAUUCUCAAAGCUGCUCGGGGAGGAUUCAGUCUUGCUCGAAUCACUAACGACGCUCGAAGAGUCCGCUCUGCGGCAAUUCAGGAUCCUCAUGCGUGACCAUGUUGCUGGCCUGCAAGCAGAAACUCACACCGCUCCUCCAGACCUUGGACCGCCAGACUUCUUACAGGAUAGUUUGAAGCAGCUUACAGCAAUUAUGAAGACUUACGAGACAUCUUUCAUGUCUCUGAAUAGUAGAGAAGCCGACUUUCAGCCAAUCCUGGCUGAGGCUUUCGAUCCCUUCAUGAAUGGUAGCGAGGCUAUCGCCAAAGACCUUGAGGCACCGGCAAGUUCCAUAUUCGCAAUCAACUGCCUGCUGGCAGCUAGGAACAUAUUAGCACCUUUCGAUUUCAACAGCGAGAGGCUUCUUGAAAUCACAGGCAAUAUCGAGCAGUAUUCCGCCAGCCUCGUUGAUCAUCAGUACUCUUUUUUUCGGAACAGCUCUGCAUUACAGCCUCUACUUCGGGCACUGACCUCACUGUCAGAUACAAAAGAGGGCUUGGAAUCCAUUCGAACUUUAGAUACCUUUCAACCGGAUGCUUUGACACAGGCUAGCCAAACAUUGGAUAAUUUCCUCCCUUCAGCGUUGAUGGAUGCCAUGGAGAAUUUAAAAGAUCUCCAAAGCUCCAAGCUAGCAAGAGAGAUUACGGAAGAGGCUGCAGACAAGUUUUGUGACGACUUCGAGCAAGUGGAGGAGAAAUUGAUUGCGGCAGAUGAACUGCUGGAAGAGGUAGACGAUGGAUCAGCACCGGAGCCAUUGCGGGCUUUAUUCCCCCGAACCAGCGCAGAAAUCAGGGUUUUACUUUCUUGACAAGCAAAACUUCAGACGAAAAAUAUCAAUAUCUCUCAAACC